GACUGCGUAUAGUUUCAUAGGUCUAAUGCAAAUAAAGGCUAGGCUACGCCUAAAGUAUGCCUACUAUAUUUUGUGCAGGAACGUCAGAAGGUUUACACUAUUGUCAAACUUAAUAGAGCUUGAUGUGGCUAUUUUCCGGAACAAAUAGUCGACUUGAUUUUUAUCAGCUGGGAUGCGUCAACAGGUGCUUUCAAUUGGCAUGCUUAGUGAUCUUGGCUCUCUGAUCUUGCUUAAGUCUACAUCUCGUCUAAGCCUCGACUGAAUCUUCAGACUAUCGACUGAAAUUUUUACCAGAAAAAUAAGAAUAUGGAUGUAUGGCCUCUGCCUAUGUAUGUCAUUUGGAGCGUUAUUUUAUCAAGCGGAUCUUCGAAAGGUCACAGUGGGGAUAGCAUGCCAACAGCUAAUGCUUCAGCUAGUAUCGGGGUGGAAUUAGAUGCUGUGCACUAUCGGUCUGGUAGGCAAGUACAAGACCAAGAAGCCCAGCUCCCAUUGCAGCUGCCAAUGUUCCAGCAUUCCAGGGUUCCACUGGUUGCUAAAGACCACUUUUCGCCAAUAAGUGGAGAACGACACGAAAAGCUCCCCAAUAACAUCAAGGAAAUUUUACUGCCCGUCUCUCCACCGUUUAAGAAGUCGCGGCAUUCAGGUGGGCCACGCGGAGUUGUGAUCAAGUGUAAAGUAAACAAGAUGGAAGUAAGGGUACCGAAACGACUUUUGGGCGACGUGCCUGCUCACUCGCAUCUCGCGUUUGGAACGUGCCAAGCCAACAACUUCACUAAACACUACCUAUCUUUCGUGUACGACGUUUAUGAGUGUGGAAGUAGACGAACGAUCGUGAACAACCGUGUGGCAUACUCCAAUACACUCCGAUAUGCUCCUGUAGUCACCAUGGGCCCAAUAAGGCGCGCGAUUCCCUUCACGUUGCCCAUUACAUGUCACUUUAACAGGUUCCACUACUCCUACAAAAUCGGCUAUAAGCCAAAGGUCCAGGCGCAAACGUUCUUUAAAUACAUGACGAGCAGACAAACUGUCUACACACUCACUCCCUUUGACGCGCAUUGGAGACGACUCAACGCCUCCGAUGGGUAUGCCAUCGGGCGGCCAAUGUUCUUUGAAGCAGAGGGACCCCCGGUGGAAAGCGAUGGGAGACUUUACAUACACUCCUGUCAUAUAACUGCUAAUAAGUCUCUCACUUCUGAGCCUCGCUUUACAGUCAUCGACAACUUUGGGUGUAUGGCUGACAGCAAAUCUAGCAGUGAGUCUAGAUUCAUUUCCUACACUAGGAAUACAGUAAGGUUUUCUGUAGACGCCUUUGUGUUCCAGGGAGUGACUAACAAGCACCUGUUCAUGCACUGUGAGAUGUCAGUGGGAGGUGAGACUCCAACAGUGAAUGACAAGUCCUGCUCCUACAACCACAAAACAAAAAGGUGGGAGGAACUGUGUGGCCUUGACUUGGUGUGCUCUUGCUGUGAGUCUACAUGCAUCUCCCCACCUGCUGCCACUAAUAGAAUGGUGUCCAGUGGGGCAUGGUCUGUGGAGUCUGAUGUCAGAGGAACCAACAAGAUGAUGCCUCCACUGCGGACUGAACAGCCACGAGCAACAGUGUCUCCACUUUGGCCAGAGGAAAGUGCACAGGAGAUAAUGCCUCCACUGCUGACAGAGAAACGGCCACGAGCAACAGUGUCUCCACUUUGGCCAGAGGAAAGUGCACAGGAGAUAAUGCCUCCACUGCUGACAGAGAAACGGCCACGAGCAACAGUGUCUCCACUGUGGCCAGAGGAAGACGCAUGGGAGAUGCCUCCACUAUGGCCUGAGGAGGAAGAACGGGAGCCAGAGAAUGUCCAGGCCGUCAUGGUUACGGAGAGGCCCAUCACUGCCUCCAUAGAGGAGGAGAAGGUGCGGGAAACUGAACCACGCCGAAUCUUUGAGGAAAUAUUUGGGUUGAAUUGAGUUGUUUACCAUAUUUGUCUUCUUAUUUAAAAGUUCAUUUUUUUAUUUUAUUCAUCACUGUACAGUGUAUUAAUCCACAUUCAUGUGUAAAAUGUAAAAUAAUGUAUUAUUUUGCUGCCAUAUCUUUAAAUAGUGUGGUUGUACAUCUAAUCUAAUCCAAGUCAAUAAACCUGUUUAAUUCUG